GGGCGGGGCCAACAUGGCGGCUACAAAUUUUGCAUGUCUGCUGUUUUGUUUAGCAUCAUUUUCACAACAGUUUAGCGCCUCCAGGCUUCUCACCGAACCGUGUUAUAAACCCAUUAGAGACCACAGGCCGGACUUUGUCAGGACGCAGGCCCGGCCGCAUGUAGAGGUGUUGAAGCUUCCUCCGUCAUGGGACUGGAGGAACAUCGAUGGGAAGAAUUAUGUGAGCGUCACGAGGAACCAACACAUCCCCCAGUACUGUGGCUCCUGCUGGGCCAUGGGAGCCACCAGUGCGCUAGCUGACCGCAUCAACGUCAAGCGUGGAGGAGCGUGGCCAUCGGCGUACCUCUCCGUGCAGAACGUGAUAGACUGCGGGAGGGCAGGUUCCUGUUACGGAGGCGAUCACCUGAGAGUCUACGCCUACGCGCACGAAAGAGGCAUUCCUGAUGAAACCUGCAACAACUACCAAGCCAAAAACCAAAAGUGCGAGCUGUUUAACCAGUGCGGCACGUGCUCCUUCUUUGAGUCGUGCGCUGUUGUGAAGAACUACACCGUGUGGAAAGUCGGAGACUACGGAGAAGUUUCUGGAAGAGAUGAGAUGAAAGCUGAAAUUUUCACCGGCGGACCCAUCAGCUGUGCAUUGAUGGCGACUGAAGGCCUGGAGCGAUACUCCGGAGGGAUUUUCUCCGAGUUUCACCCUCUCUCUCUGCCAAAUCACAUCGUGUCUGUGGCUGGGUGGGGCGUGGGCGAAGAUGGGAUCGAGUACUGGAUCGUCAGGAACUCCUGGGGAGAGUUCUGGAGUAUGCAGAUCUCGGAUAAAGGCACUGAUGCCGUUGACUUGCCUUCCCCAGACCUAAAUCCAGUUGAGAACCUGAUGUUAGGUAUCUAUACAUCUGAUGCAACCAAAUAG